AUGGAAGGCUACGACAAUGGUCUGCCUGCUCAAGGGUUUUAUUCUCAAGCAGCAAACCUCUGGGUCCGCCAUCCGAAGUCAUGCUCGCCGGCAUCGAGCUUCUCUUCCGAUCGAACUGCCUUCCACAAUAUCCCCAGUCUGAGACUUUUCUUUUCGUGGACUAGCGCUCGUCCUCGGCCGAUCUCUAAAUAUACCACGGAGUACAUCGAGAUGUUCCCAAGUAUUCCCAUAAUGAUCAUCACAACGACCCUCACAGACCUCGCUUUCAAGUCGGAACGAUCCAAGCAGUCUGCUCUCCUCCCAGUGGUGGACUAUAUAAUCUCUCGGCACCUCGACCAGAACAUCCACGUUCACUGUUUCUCCGAAGGUGGCUCCCACAAAGCCAUCCAACUCGCAGAAGCUUACCUCUACACAACGGCCCGUAAAAUGCCUCUUACAUCACUCUGCCUGGACAGCACACCAGGUGACCACCAAUACCACCGCAUCGCCCGAGCAUUCAAACAAAGCCUGCCACCCAAUUACCUCCUCCGGGUCCUCGGCCUCAUCUUUGCCUACCUCAUGCUGACCUACCUCUGGUGCUUCUACGUCAUUUAUGGUCCGAAGAAAAACCUCAUGUCUCGUAUAAGAAGGGGUCUUGAGGACCAACGACUGUGGGACACUCAUCAUAUCCCGCGCUGCUACCUAUAUUCGAAGAAAGACACGCUGAUCAAACAUCAGGAUGUUGAGAGGCAUGCCGUGAAGGCGAUGAGGAAGGGCAUACCCGUCGUGCUUGCGACCUUUGAAAGAAGUGAGCACUGCCAUCAUGUCAGGGAGGACAAGGAGAAGUACUGGCUGGCAGUAAAGUGGACAUUGCAAAGACGUAGGGUCCAGAGUAGUGAUGGUGUGCGUGUGGACGUGAAGAUUGAGAGGGAUAACUCGGCGGCGGAACGGGCCUCGGCGCCUGUGGUAUCGACAAGGGAAGUCAGGCCACGUGACCCAGUUGCUCAAAGAGGCAGUUAG